UUGCUACCUUUUGUCUUCUUCUCCACAUUUCCCAGGAAUGCGUAACUGCUAAAUAAGCAGGAACACAUUCUAUGUGGGGCGGGCCUGGUGUCUAUGUACGAAGUAAAAUUUGGAGAGGUUACUGAGAAUGGGUGCUUCUGUGUCAUACCAUCAUUCAGCGGUCUUUUUGUAAACCUGAUAGUGGUGUCUGGCGUUCUGUCCUUCCUUUCACUGCUCUUUAUUACGUCAGCGAACACGUCAUUCAAGCGUUUUCUAAACUGCAAGGUUCUUGAAAAUUUGUACACGAGUCCUUUAUAUCUUUAA